AUGAAACGACUUGAUGGGUAUAGCUUGAUGAUAGUCUCGAAGUAUUUCUUGGAAGAGGACGACUUCCUUAAAGUCAUUCAAGUCUGUAAAAAGUUUGAAGAGACGAUCGACAAAUUCCACUACAAUCCAAUACCAAUUAUCAAGAGAAACAUCUUCAAAAAUAUGCAAACGCAUUACAAAUACUUUCCGUUUGAACCACAAGUGGACGACGACAAGAUUUUGGUGAACUUCCGAUACCCUCUUUCGUAUCGAGAAGCGUCGGAACAGAAAAAGAAACUGAAUAAAGUGAAACGAAUUGUUUUGAAGAAGGACGAUAUUGGCUAUAUCAAUACCAUUGAUCUGAAAGAUGUCACUGAAAUUGAUACGGAGUGUCUCAUCAAAACGUCUUCACUGGUCAUUCCAAAUAACAUAACUUCUCUGUAUGAGAAGGCAUUUUUCUCUUGUUUGGGACUUAAAGAAGUCACUUUGUCGACGAAUCUGUCGACACUCCCAUUUUGUUGCUUUGCGAAUUGUCAAGCGUUGUCGAGAAUUGAAAUUCCGGAAGGGAUUACCGAAUUUGGACCUGCGUGUUUCUUUGGGUGUUUACAUAUGAGUGACAUACUGUUGCCGAAAUCAUUGUGUUUGUUUGGACAUCAAUGCUUUGUGUUUUGCGCACAGCUGUCUACUAUUGAACUUCCAGACAACAUCAGAUCUAUUCCAUUUAAAGCGUUUUCUGGAUGUGUCUCGUUAACGUCUGUUGUGAUGAAAAGAGUCACUGAAAUUGAUACGUGUGGGUUUGAGAGUUGUGUUUCGCUGAGAGCAAUUAACACGUUGUCGACACUGAAAUACAUUGGACAGAAUGCAUUUGAACAAUGUAGUGCACUGAAGGAAAUAGUACUGUCGGAUGAUAUCAUUAAUAUCUCACUUGGGGCGUUUCGAGGAGUUUCUAACUUGACGAAAUUGCACUUGCCGCUUGACCAACACGGGGACUAUCCUUUUGAAAUUGAUUAUAAAACAAGAAAAGUCCUUAAAGGGUUUGACAUCUCCUUCAUCAAUUUGAACGUCGACGGAUUUUCACAAAACGAGACAAGAACGAUGUUUAUCGACUCUCCAUCGAUUAUGGGUAAAAACUGUUUUCUGAACAACGUCAUGUUAAACAGUUUUAAUAUCCCAACGUCUAUCAUUCACAUUGGAGAAGACGCAUUUAAGGGAUGCACUCAAUUAACGUCAAUUUACAUACCUUCUUCAGUCACUGUUGUCUCUUCUGGGACUUUCAAAGGAUGUACUAAACUUCCUGUUGUAGUCUUCCCAUCUAUUUCUGUGGGCGUCAUGCAAGAAGACGUCUUUGCAGACUGCACUUCACUGAGUAAAGUGGUGUUACCAACAACACUUUCAGUUAUUAGAAGCCAUUCAUUUAAAAACUGUGUUGCACUCCGUGUUCUUCAAAUACCAAAUUCACUGGUGAAAAUUGAGGAUGGCGUGUUCGAAGGAUGUAUCAGUCUGACUGAGAUGGUGUUUCCAGAGAAGAUGGAGGACUUUGGGAGUGGCAACUUUGUCGGGUGCACACGAAUAGAACGACUCCAAGUGCCACUUGAUACAAAUGGGAUCUUCCCGUAUUCAGUCACUGAAAAGGAACUUGAAAUAUUUGAAAAGAAUUCCAUCAAAGUGAAACGAGUCAUCUUAAGCGCAGAUAACAUCUUAGAAUUGAGGCAAAAAGUGCGUGCGUUAUAUACAAAUGGCAUUGAAAUUAAAUUAGUGAAAGGUCUGUUACAGCCGAAUGGAGUAUUUGAUGUUCCCGUUGGUGUUGUUGAGAUUGGAGUAGACUGUUUUGAGCAAAGUCUGUGUGAGAACAUUGUUAUACCAAAUACAGUCACUUCAAUAGGGGACUUCUGCUUUUCUAAGUGCUCAAAACUGAAAGAAGUCACUCUGCCGGAACACUGCGAAGUUGGGAAUUAUUGUUUUAAUAAAUGUAAUGCUAUCACUGCGAUUCACAAUGUUACAAAAUACGAUGGACGGGUUUCCUAUUACGAAAGUUACUUUGUACGGCGAUGUGGAAUCAAAUGCAGUAACAUCAGUGUAACGGCAAAGGAGAAAGCUCGAGGAGUACGUCCGAAUGAGCUCUGUAAAACGAUUGAAUGUUACAUCCCACCACACCUUGUGAUUCCAAAGAGUGUUGUCUGUCUUGGAAAUUCAGUGUUUUCUUCACGUAAUGAUCUGACCCAUUUCACACUCCCGUCACAAAUCACUGAAAUUGGAAAAGAAGUGUUCUGUAUGUGUUACAACUUGAAAUCAGUCGAUUUGUCGUUCCUCGACACCAUUCCCAAAUUCUGCUUCUUCAAUUGUUGCUCGUUGACAUCGUUAAAACUGUCCUCAUCAUUACGUUUGAUUAAAGACGGCGCGUUUUAUCAAUGUGGUGGAUUGGAACACAUAGUUGUACCAUCCACUGUCACAAAAGUGGGUGGGAUGUCCUUUUAUCAAUGUUUUUCGUUAAAGACUGUGUUAUUUGAGAAGGGGUGUACUCUGGAUCGUAUUGAAUCGUGUACCUUCUAUCGAUGUCACAACCUUCGAAGUAUCACUCUCCCGCAAUGUCGUGAACUUGAGAACUUGUCUUUGUUCAAAACACUUUCUUUACAACAGAUUGAAGUACCAUCGAGUGUCACACGCAUUGGGAUUGAUUGUUUCAAACGAUGUUACUCAUUAACGGAGGUGAGACUGAACGAAGGCCUUCAAGUGAUUGAUAAAGAGUGUUUUAUGAAUUGCUUUGGGUUGGUCCACAUUGUCAUACCUCAAAGUGUUGAACGGAUCAACGGCGGUGUUUUUCAGUAUUGUAAGAAGCUAGCGGAAGUCACAUUACCAAGUCGCAUCUCACAACUUGAAAUAGGAUGUUUCAAAGGAUGUUACAGUCUGUCGAAAAUAGUGAUCAACGGCCCUAUCAAAGUGUAUCCUUUUGACAUCGAUUAUGAAGAAGCUGAACAUCUCAAGAAGAAUGGGAUUCUCUCAAAUAAGAUCACAUACACGGAAGCAGAUAAAGCCAUUUUUGGCUUAUCGAUACCUAACGGGGUUGUCGCGUUGGGUGCAAACUGUUAUCGCGACACAGCCAAUCUGGUUGAGAUUAUAAUACCGUCGCAAAUCACACGAAUCGACUCUUUUUGCUUUAAAAAUUGCAAAUCAUUAGUCCGGGUUGGGUUUAAAGGGAAUGGGACCAUUAUCGGAGACAACUGCUUCGACGGGUGUGUGAGGCUGACUUCCGUCAUUGGCAUUCAAAAUCAACAAGUGGGGAAUGACAUUUUCGUUGGAUGUCCAAACAUCAUUGCCAAUCACUAA